AUGGCUUGUCUCUGUCCCCUUCACCUCCUCCUCCCCCUCCUCCUCCUCACCGCCGCCGCCGCGGCGUCCGCCAGCGGCGCCGACGAGGCGCACGUCUCCGUCGCGGUCGCGGAGAAGGGCCUGGCCUUCGCCAAGGACGUGCUUAUCGGCGAGGCCGUGCGGUCGCUGACCCCGCUGCGCCUCCCUGGGGUGGAGAAGGCCGUCCGCGUGCCCUUCCUCGGCGGCGUCCGCGUCGCCGCCUCCAACAUCACGCUCUUCCACCUAGAUGUCGGGGACAACUCCACUAUCUUCCCCGGGGACUCGGGCCUUCUCGUCGUCGCCUCCGGCAUCACCGCCAACAUCAGUAUGCACUGGAGCUACUGCUACGAUUCGUGGUUGUUUCCCAUAGAGAUCGCCGACAGCGGAACCGCCUCGAUCCUGGUAAUUGGGAGGGGGUGGGGGUAUCCAUAG